UAGACGUCCGCUUUUGUGAUGGAUCGACUCGGAGAUCUUUUGUUUGCUCGGGAGCUUCUUUCGCGGUGAAAUAUCGAAGCGGCCGCGGUUUACGCGAGAUUUAUAUCCAACGGUGUACAAGCUUUCAAAAUGUCAAAAGGGGCGAGAUGUGUAAAGUGCCCGGAUCUACCGUGUCUCCGUCUUUACCAGGAACUCCCACACCUAUUCGACUACCACAUGCUAAACCGGACGUCUUCCGUGAAGUGCUCUUUUACCUCUAUACUGGCAAGGUAAUUCUUCAAGACUCUAGUGUGUUUGAAAGUUUGUCCAUUGCGCAAGAACUGGGCAUUGAUGAGCUUCGAAUGUACUGUGAAGAUCAUAUCAACAGUACUCUAAAUAUACACAAUGCUUGCACUUUUCUGCCUGCUGCUUUAGAAAUGGAAAACAGAGUACCAGGAAACAAAGCUGGACGAUCUUUUGCUGACAGAUGCACAUCCUACAUUGGAGAAAAUGCUCUUGAGUGUGUGAAAACCUCUGCAUUUUUAAAUUUACCCAAAGAAGCUCUAAUCCAUUUGGUUUCAUCUGAUUAUCUUGCCAUGGAAGAAGAAGAUGUGUGGCGUGCAGUUUUAGCUUGGGCAAAACAUCAAUCUGGAGUUACUCAACCCACUGCACAUUGGACAGAAGAAGAAAGAGCGAGGAUAACCCAACAAAUGUCUGGUGUGAUAAACCAUGUAAGAAUAUUGCUGAUUGAUAGCCAAGUGUUUGCUGAAGAAGUAGAACCUACUGGAGCUGUGCCAAUGGAGCUUUCUUUGGAGAGAUAUCGUUUUGCUGCACUUCCAAACAAAUUUACUCAUUCAGAAGACAAACGCAUACAACCCCGGACGUCACUUAAACUCUUUCAAGGAUCUCAGUUAUUAAGUGGUGAGAAACUUCAUCUACAGAGAGUAUUAAAUGCCUGGUUUGGUAAUGCAAAACAAAUGUGGCGUCUACUGUAUAGAGCAUCUACUCAUGGAUAUACCGCUGAAGCUUUCCACUACCACUGUGAUGGGCACAGUCCUACUUUUGUUAUUCUUUUGGGAUCUCAUGGAGAAUUAUGUGGGGGAUUUAGUGAUGUACCGUGGGGUAAAACGAGAGGUCGUGGUCGAUAUGUGCCUUCCGAGAAAGCGUUCUUAUUUACUCUAAUAAAUAAUGCUGAUGUUCCACCCACAAAAUUUGAAGUUGUUAAAAAGAUGUUUGCUAUUGCUCAUCAUCCAGACUAUGGCCCCAUAUUUGGAGCAGGUGCAGAUUUGUGCAUUUCACACAACUGCAAUGCAAACUUGGAAAGUUAUUCUAAUUUGCCACAUUCAUAUGAUGGGGAGAAUGCAUCUUGCACUUUGCUGAUGGAUUUUGUUUUGUUUCUGAAGAAGAGGAACUUGCAUGAUUGCCCUCAAAAUGGAUAGAAUUUUAUUUGUAAUUCUGUGCCAAAAUAAAGUUGUUGUUUUUGCCUAA